GUAAUCAGCAUACAUAAGCGUGUUGAACAAUUCAAAAUAAAUAAAAGUAAACUCCAUUGAGGGGAAGAAGCGAAUAAGAGCUCUGUGGUGAGCUGACAACAUCAACCCUGUGGGGUCUGAAUGGAUCAUUUAACUGACAUAGCAAGACAAUUCGCUUAUUUUUCUUUAUUAAUAUUUUUUUUAUUUUUGCAAAAACAAAAAUAAAAAACAAAAAACGAAGCCAUCUUUGCGUCAAAUCAUCAAAGAACGUAAUAACCAUGAACCACUAUGCACAAUUCUCGCGGUCUUUCCACAUGAAAACGCACAAGUUUGGCUUUCCGCCGAGAAAGUAAAAGCUCUGCUUCCUAUGGGCCCAUAUUGCUUCGCGUGACGUAACGUCAAGGCGAGAACGUGUUGUUUCCGCAGAGCUGAGACAUUCACUUUAUGCAAGCCUCCACCUGACCGGACACCCGUGCACAGCUCAGCACUGAAGAAGCAGCACCUGAGUCCCACAGGAAUUUGUUACGUGACACCAGAAGAACAGGUGUAACAGGUGAACAGGUGCGACAAACAACUUGUUUGCUUUCCGAAACAAAAACACCGAGCUGCAGAGAUCCGGAACGUUCGCAAGUAAAAUAAAAGAACCAUGUCUGCUGUCUACCUUCUCCUCCUGCUGGUCCCCACAAUCUCGGCUCAGACUUUUCGCUUUGGUGCCUGCCCUACUCCGAAGGUGCAGUCUAACUUCAGCCUUCAGCUGUACCUGGAUAAGUGGUAUGAGAUUGAGAAGCUGCCCGCUUCUUUUGCCCGAGGACAGUGCAUUGAAGCGAAUUAUUCCGUAAGGAAAGAUGGGACCAUCCGAGUGUUGAACUCUCAGGUUGUGGGUGGUAAAAGGGAGUUUUUAGAAGGGACAGCUGUGGUUCCAGACCCACACGAACCAGCUAAGCUUGGAGUCGCCUUCUCAUAUUUUACACCCUAUAGCCCAUACUGGGUGCUGGAGACAAACUACACCAACUACACCAUUGUGUACUCCUGCACAGACAUUCUGCGCAUAUUCCAUGUUUACUACGCCUGGAUUCUCGCACGGUCACCCUCCCUGCCUCCAGAGACGGUGCAUUAUGCCAAACAGUUGCUGACUGAUGAAGGAAUCAAUAUUUCCAAGAUGACUCCCACAUAUCAGAACUGUGGAAAUAUUUAGGAACUGACAGAGAGGUUCAUUCAUUAAAGAGUUUUUCUGUUUGUAGAACUAAUUAUUUAUCAUACCAGCCAUGAAAUCACAAAAUGUUUGUUACAUUGUUGUUUCCUUUUAUUUAAUUGAUUUCUUUUUUCAUUAUUGUUUUCAUCAUUUUAUAUUUUUCAUUUGAUUACAAAGUGAAUUGAUUAAAGUAAUAUUUUGAAAUAAAGUUCAUUUGAGAAUUAAAAAAUUUAUAUAGUACAUGUUCUUAAAAAGAAUAAAAUACUACAUCAGUAAAAAGUGAUUGUCUUGCAUACUAAUUAGUCAGUGAAAAUAGCAACAUUGUUUUAUCUAAAGUGCAUCUUUUAUUAUUUGCAACAAUGAGCAAAUCAAGCUGUUCUUGGUGAUGGACCAAAAAAGAAACUGUGGAACUGUUCUACUUAAAUUAGAGCUACUUUUUUCAUUUGAACUGGAAAUAAUCCAUUGAACAUACAGUCGUGACUCACAGCGAUGUAAUAAAUCUUUCUCUGUGCAACUUUAAAUACUGAUGAAAUUAAUCAGAAUUCACUGAUGAGUGGGUGACAACAUCAACACUGUGCAGUGAAAAAGAAGGUGAAAAAGUAAGUGUACUCCUACUGUGACUUACUGUACUCUUACAGGGUCUUCUCAGGGGUGGCAAAUUCACUCCGUUGCUCAGAGAAAUUGCAAAAAACCCAAGAGCUACAAUUCAAAUUCUACGGGCCGCUUGUUGUCGCGUCGUUAGCGUCCACACCCUCAUUCUGUACUGUGUGUUUUGUCUGCCAGCCUGUCUGUUUAGUUUAUGGUAUUUUCAGUUUAGUUAUGGUAUUCAGCAAUAAAGCUUCUAGUCUA